GAGGACGCAGUAACUGGGAAGAAUAGGCUACCAUUCAUAGAAGGCAAAUCGCUGAAAAGGGAGGCAUCAAUGACAACAGGUUUUCAGUCUCCACCUGCAGCCCAUUUCGCAGUAGCCAAGUACUCUCCCACCCUAAAUGAGGCUGCUUCCAUGCUGCUUGACGACGAUAUCGCAUACUUCCAGCACUAUCAGGAGAUCAUGCACGAGGCCCUCGACUAUGUUCGAGGCGUCUCGCAGAUGCUGAUGAAAAAGGUCGAAAUUCUCGAGGGCCACUUCAAGUUGCGAAGGUCAGCAGGUGGUAGUGCGCCGUUAAACUUUGUGAACUAUUAA